UUUGCAGGACAGUGGUAUCUGCUGUCUGUCGCAUCAGAAUGUAAUUAUCUGAAAGCAAACAACCAUCGCGUGGAGGCAACAACGAUCAAGGCUGCGCGAUCCACAAAACCAAGGGAGACGGAGAACCUGCUUGUUCAUACGCUGCGGAAAAUGUAAGGAGACUUUCAAUCUCUCAUGCCGUUUGAGAUAGGAGUAUUAAUGAAUCCAAUACAUAAUAUCUAUUUUUAUUCCCAGGGCUAAACCACUGAGAUUUUACUGCUAUAUAUUGAAUGUCAUGUUUAUUUUUAUAGGGACGGGAUCUGCUGGGAGAUUAAACAACAAUAUCGCAAGAACAAAAUCAACGGCAGGUUCAUAUUAAAAGGUUGGUCCACACCCCACUCCCCACAGCUUUCUGUAGCUUGUAUUGCCAGACGUUGAAGACUGAUGAAAUCCUUUCUGUUUGCCCAGUUCGUGGAUCUAUUCGGCAGCUGGACAUGGUGGUGGCAGAGACAGAUUACGAGAAUUACGCCAUUCUGUAUUACCAGCGGCAAAAGAAAAUUACCAUUAAGCUAUACGGUCAGUUUGUGUCCACUCCAACCCCUCCAUAG